ACACAUGUUCAGCCUCGCUUGUGGGUUUCACACAAUGCAAUGUACUUUCUCGAGUUGGCGAAAAUCUGUCAAAACAAAUUUGUAUGUGUCUAGAAAGCAUCACUUGAUUAGCAAUGACCGUUGGAAAUUUCAUGAUGACAAUUUAUCGGCCUCUGAUUUGCUACAUUCUGACACCAAGGGCCUGCAGUUAGCGCUCUACAGUAAUGGACCAAGUGGGUAGCACACGACCACACAUAUUUUUAAAAGGUGCUUUAAAAAUUUAAGAGUUUUAUAUAUUGACGAUCUCUCUGUCCACACUACUACUGCGUGAUUUCUUCAGUGAUACAGCGUGCUUUGAGCUCUUUCAUCAGUGAGCGCAAUCAACUUCCACUCAAUUGCCACUACCAUCCCAUUUGCUAAUAUAAUAGCAGGUUCCUGGCGUGUAUUUCAGACGACCUUGCAAAAGAAUUCAAACUUCAGCUAAAUAUUAACUGCUAACCGCGCAACUCAUACAGGCUUGUUACAGUCUCUACGGUGACGCUAUUUAGUCCUACACAUUACUAGUAUCUUUUGAGGCAGACGGCUUGGUCGAUACUAACCAAUCUUACACCACAAAUCAGCAAUCAUACAUAAAUAACAGCCAGAUAUGAGUAUAGUCGCCCUCAAGAGAGCCCUUGUGUCACUUUUUGGCUCCUCUUCUAACCAAAGCGGCCCGCUCAUGACAAGCACCAAUAACAAUAACUACGGUUCUCUUUCGGACGGUGACCCGGAGUCCCAGCCGCGUACGCCAGGCUCUCCAAAGCUGCAACUCAAAGGCGAUGACUCCACUAGUUCUCAGGACGCAGGCAUGUUUGGCAAAGUGGACCCAAGAGCAAUGAGCGAUCUGAUCAUUGGUCUCAGUGACGGACUGACAGUUCCGUUUGCCCUGACUGCUGGUCUGUCCUCCCUCGGAGACUCUAAACUUGUCAUCACUGGAGGUAUGGCAGAACUGGUGUCCGGUGCCAUUUCGAUGGGUCUCGGAGGCUACCUAGCUGCCCGUUCAGAAUCGGAAUACUACAAGUCCCAGGUGAAAAAGGAAAAACAGCUGUUUUUCGAGAACCCAGACUCUAUAGCUGGUGAAGUUGGAGACGUCAUGAUCGAAAUGGGUGCUUCUGAGGAAACCAUCCAAUCAUUUGUCCGGGACUUGGAGGCUGACCCCAAGACGAUGAUUGACUUUGUGAUCAGAUAUGGUCGCGGGUUGGAGGAACCUGCCGACGGACGUCAAUUGAUGAGCGCAUUAACAAUUGGGUCUGGAUAUUUCUUUGGAGGUUUCAUCCCAUUAAUCCCAUACUUCUUCACGAGCACAGUCGGCACAGGGUUAAUAAUAUCCGUGUUGGUGAUGAUUUUCACGCUAUUCUGGUUUGGGUAUUUCAAAACAAUCGUUUCCAUGGGCGAUGACACGCCUAAUUACAUAAGGGUAUCGGAAGGUCUCCAGAUGGUUGCCAUUGGCUCGUUUGCUGCUGGCUGCGCCUGGGGACUUGUUUAUCUGAUAGACUCAUAGUUGAGAACCAUAUAUAAAGGCAUAUUCUUAAGGUAUUUGCUUUUCAGAAGCACAAGUAUAAAA